AUGGCCGCUCCGCAGGCUGUGUUGUCGCGGAAGUUCAACGGGGUUCUUCCGGUUCCUGCCAGCGCCACAGCAGUAUCGACCGUUCCGAGGGCAGCGGCUGCCGAUGCCACCAAGCCAGUAAAGGCGAAGACGGCCGUAGAGGGUGACAAGUUUGUCAUUCGCCGGCUUCCGCCCGGCCUGACCGAGGACGAGUUCUUCACCAUCCUCGGCGACGAGUGGAAGCAGGGUCGUGGACGAGUCGGCUGGCUGUCCUUCCACGCCGGCAAGAUCUCGAAAGACCCUUCCAAGCCGUCCCGGCCAGCAUUUGCGGUCCUCCACGUGCUGCGCAACGAGGACCUGGGCCUGCUGUCGGACGUUGUACGCAGCGCAUCGUGGGUCGACGCCAAGGAGUCGUGGACCAGCCCGGUAUUGGUUGGGCCGCCCGUGGCGGAGUUCUCCCUGUACAAGAAGGUGCCGAGCGGCAAGCGUAGGACCGACAGCCGCCAGGGGACGAUCGACCAGGACGCCGAGUUCAUGGCGUUCCUCGAGGCGCUGGCCAACCCGACCAGUGCCAAGGAGAGCGCUGCAGCAGCGGCCAACGGCACCGACGGCGGCCAGACAGCGACGGCCACCAACGGUGCAGCAGGCGGUGCUCUGGGCGAGGACGAUGCGGCCAAGACCAAGACCAAGGUCACGUCGACGCCACUGAUUGACUUUCUGCGCGAGAAGAAGGCGAACAAGAGCAAGGAGACGGCCAACGGGAAGUCCGGUAAACAGGGACGGGAUAAGGGCCGAGGAUCCGGCACUCUGGACGAGCCGGCCAGCUCCAAGAAGCGGGCCAAAGGCGAUAAGGUCGACAAGGCCGACAGGGACAAGGAACGGUCGGGCAGCGGCAGGUCCAAGGCGUCGGUUAAGAUCCUGACCAAGAAGGCCAUUGCUGAAGCUGCCGAGGCAGCGAACAAUCUGGCGGCAGCGGCAGCGGCAUCGGCAGCCGGAGGAGUGUCCGCAUCGGCCUCGGGUACGGGCAAGGAAGAGAUGCCCAAGAGUCGUCGCGCCGGCAUCCUGGCGGCUGCUCGGAUUCUGCAGCGCGAUCUGGGUCUCAGUCCGGGGCUGGCCCAUAGGAAAGCCAGGGCAGCCGCCGCACAGGCUGCACAGACUGUAGGCCAAGCGGACAGCGACGCGCCCAAGGUCAACGGAAAGACAAGAGAGAAGGACAGCAGCAGCGCUGUGGCGGCGCCAGAUGGGCAUUCUCCCAAGACGGCCACAGGUCCUGCGGCAGCGACAUCUGCGGCAGCAACAGCGACAGCCGCCGGAUCCAAGAGAACGACACGAGGCACAGACGAGAACGGUCCGUCGUCCCGUGGAUCCCGUGGCAAGAAGGGCCAGGGCGGCGACUCGGGUAGGGGCAAAGCUGCGACAGCAAACAAGGGAGAAGUCGGUGCGAGCACGCCUGCCAAGAUCCUGUUGAAGAAGCGGGAAGAUAGCUCGUCGGGCGCGACGGCGACGACGACGACGACAGCAACAGCUACAGCGGCGACGAAUGGAACUGCGAUGGCGAUCCCUUCGGCAGGUCCCAAGGCCGGUGCAGAAAAGACCAAGUCCACGGGCACGAGGAGGGGAGGAGGAGGGGGGACCACGGGAGGAGCAGGGGGCAAUGGCAGUGGCGGUGCUUCGGCUACGACGACGACGACGACACCGACACCUGGUGCAACACGGGCGUUUGUCAAGCACGCUAACCCGUCGCAGGGCGUGACGGAGGUGCUGCUCAAGGAGGCGAUGCAGGUCUUUGGCACGGUGACGCACGCAGAAAUCGACCGGCGCAAGGGCUUUGCGUUUGUCGACUUUGCCGACCACAGCAGCCUGGUGCGAGCGAUGGAGGCCAGUCCUAUCAGCGUGGCUCAGGCGGCCGUGCAGGUGCUCGAGCGCAAGGAUCGUGAGCCGAAAAAGAGCGGCGCCGCACAGGGAUCGACAGCAGGCGUGGCAGCAGCAACGACUGCGACGGCCUCUACGAGCAAUGCAGCGUCUGCCAGUUCUGCUACUGCUGCUGCUACGCCGGCAGGCAAGCCGUCUGACAGCGUGGCCGGAGACAAGGCACCGUCUGUUGCCACCACAGCAGACGGAAAGCGGCCGGCCCGACGGCGAGGAGUGACGGGCAGAGUCGUGCGCACAUGCGCGGGAAAAGAGCGGAGAGGUCGGACAGCAUGGAAGAAGAGGAGGGAAGAGGGGGGGGGUGUGUCCAGCGAGCUGAAAGCAGACGGCUGGCGACAAGACGUGCGAAACGGCCAGAACGGCUCGAACGGCUCAGACGGUCGGCAACGCUGGCUACACCGCAACCGUGCUCUCUCUCGAUGGUGGAUCGAACCAGACGACAGUGUCGCUGAACACGAGCACGAGCUGUGGUCGACAGGGCUGCUGCUCGCUCGGCUCGAGGUGCGCAAUAGCCGGUAA